AUUGAUUCGAACCCUGUAAAAGUUAAACAACAAAGUUCAGUUAACGUCUUGGAAUUAUAUCCACGGUAGUUGGACCAACUUGUGGAAUCCUACCAUCUAAUUUCCUAUAUCGUCGUGGUCAGCCGGCCUGGAUUGUUCUACUUAGUUUUCAUCUUAAUUUGUUAGUUUCUUUGGCGCAAACAAGGUGCUCUAUCUAGUUGUCGUUCAGAUGUUUUAUGCAGCCAUAAUUCUAGUACAGGUUUGUCGCAUGGUUCCAUCUUGUUGAUGUAAACAAGGAAGUUCGUUCUUGCAGGGUUAUAUAGUGUGGAUACAUCAAGAAUUUCAGCUUGGAAUUCUCUGAGUUUCUGUCUCCCUAGCCCUAGGCUCUGAAAUGGCCAAGGGUAGUUAUCAAGUUUCUGCGGUUCCAGUUACCAUUUUUGCGCAUCUGUUGGUCAUAGCUGUGUCUACCCUUGUGCUUGUGUGGCUACUAUAUUUCAGGGGAGGUCUUGCUUUCAAGUCACAGAACAAACAGAAGAUUUUCAAUGUGCAUCCACUUCUAAUGGUGGUUGGGUUUCUUUUACCAGCUGGAGAAGCUAUAAUGGCAUACAAGUCAAUCCCAGCAAAGAAAGAGGUCCAGAAACUGGUUCACCUAGUACUACAUUUCAUAGCUCUUGCUUGUGGAAUAGUGGGGAUUUAUGCAGUCUUCAAGUUUCACAAUGAGGCUAGAGUGAUAAACAUGUACACCUUGCAUUCCUGGAUCGGCAUGUCCACCAUCUGCUUAUUUGGUAUUCAGUGGCUGCUGGGCUUCUUUUCCUUCUGGUGGCCCCGUGCAGAGCAGGGAACCCGGGCCAAGUACAUGCCAUGGCACGUCUUCCUUGGCGCCGUCAUAUUCUUCAUGGCGACCGUGACCGCGGAGACUGGUUUAGUCGAGAAAUUUCUCUUCUUGGGGCUGGGAAAAAGCCAAGAAGCUCUCAUUGUGAACUUCACCGGCCUGUUGAUACUUCUCUUCGCCGUCUCUGUUGGCCUCACCGUUGUUCUCCCGCGAAGCUCAUAUUAA